AUGUUGCUCCUCGGCCUCACGGGCUCCAUCGCGACUGGCAAAUCGACCGUCUCAUCGCUCCUCUCUAAACCACCGUAUUCGCUGCCGGUAGUAGAUGCCGACCUCAUUGCGCGACAAGUAGUUGAGCCGGGCACUGCAGGUUAUAAUGCCAUUGUCAAGUACUUCUCGCCCACUACACCAGACUUGCUCCUUCCCGAUGCGACACCAAAAGGACGCCCGCUGAACCGGCCAGCACUAGGACGGAGGGUCUUUGGCGGAGGAGAGGAAAAAGAGCGCGACAGGAAGAUGCUAAAUAGCAUCGUUCACCCUGCAGUGCGUAAAGAGAUGUACAAACAAAUGGUAUGGGCGUACCUGCGAGGCCACUGGGCCGUCGUGCUAGACGUCCCUCUCCUCUUCGAGAGCGGCUGGGAACGCUAUUGCGGCACCAUCCUCGUUGUCGGUGUCUCCGAUCCCGCGAUACAAAUACAGCGACUGCGAGCCCGUGACGCACAUCUCACUGAGGAGGAUGCGCGCAACCGUGUGAUGAGUCAAGGUGAUGUGCGCGAAAAGGCAGAGCGCUGUCUGCGAAGAGGUCCGGGCAAGGGCGUGGUAGUCUGGAACGAUCACGAUAGAGCAUACCUAGAAAAGGAGAUUCAGAGGGUCAUGCAAGACGUUCGGAGCCAGAGCCCACGAUGGUGGAGUUUUCUGCUCUGGGUCUUUCCACCGUUUGGUGCCAUGGCGGGUUUGUGGAGCUGGUACAAAAUGCGCAAUGUGCAGUUGCAGUGGGAACAAGAGAAGAAGCGGGAAAAGGCCAAGCUGUAGCCCGUGGUUUAAUGUGCUACUCCAUAUGUCUUUGCUUCGAAGACGCGGGAGGGUCGGUGCUGGUGCGUGUUGGUGUUUGUUGGAUGUGCGCAUAUAUAUAUCUAGCAAUUGGCAGCACGGAUGCUGUAUCACGA